AUGACCAUCCCCACUUCAAGACUUGCAAUCUGGAACAUACUCCAGGAAUCUCUCUCCGAUGACUUCUCCAAUCUACCGCGAGCAGAUCAAAGCCUACUGGCAUCGGUUGCAGAGUCCGUCAGCGAUCACAUGGCGAGAUACGACUCAUCCCACGACUUCAGCCACGCCCUCCGCGUCUUGACAUUAUCACGCCGCAUCCUGGCGUCGGAACGCGCAGAGGCUGGACCAGAUCACUACAGCCCAAUGAUCGUCUUCUUGAGCGCGCUUGUCCACGACGUCGACGACCGCAAGUACAAGGACAGCCAGAGGGCUGAGGGCCAUCUUGCACGAAUGCUCCUGAGGCAUGGAGUACCGGAUGAAACCAGUUUGAAAAUACAGACGACUGCGCGUAAUGUCUCAUAUUGGUCCGAGACCAAGCAUCCUGAAGGGCUGAAGAGCGCUCUAGCACGGCAUCCGGAGAUAGCCAUCGUGCAAGAUGCAGACAGGCUUGAUGCCAUCGGCGCAAUUGGAAUAGGGCGGACAUUUGCCUUUGGCGGCGCAAAGGCGCCCCAGUGUGGGCUGCAGGCGACGAGGCAGCAUAUUACAGACCGAUUGGUCAAAACAGUUCAUACAAUAAAGACAAAAACAGGGAAGCGGUUGGCGAAGGAGCGGAUGGGCCGGUUGGAGAUGUUUAUGGCUUGGUGGGAUGAGGAAAUGGAGUCUGCUGGGGGCAAAUCCUGUAGUAUCGAGCAAUGCCGUCCUUGCACUCAGCUCCUGGAGUGAUGUGUCUACAUUCUCCAUGUUGUAUGUAACCCAUGAGCCGCACUGAACAGGAGUUUGACACCGGGGUCCGCUGCCGGAUUGCGACUGUGGCAUACAUCAUGCAUCUUCUGUAGCAGAGUAAAAGUAUCUCGUCUUUGGGGGGGACGCUGCGAAGGAAGAGUCGGUUUGCUGAAGACUAGGAUUUU